GUUCUCCUAUCAUUACACUCAUUCUACACCAUCCGCACAUCCAAGAGAAGGGAGAGCUCAGGGAGAAACUCUCACAAAGCUCAAAGCUUGAAGAAGCAAGAAGUUAGAAAACUCCAACAAAAAUAGUUUGGGUUCAAGGAGUCAAAACCGCCGGAAACCGCCACUCAAAAGGAGCUAUUCACAGUAGCAGACCACGAACAGCGCCCGACUUUUGCCAAAGCCGGCCGGCUUUUGCUCUUUGUCCAGAAAAGUCGCUUCUCAUCGGUUUAGAACGGGGAUUGAUCGAAGGACUUAACAAAGGCAACUAUUCUAGCACUUCAUAAGUCACAAGCUCACAAUGGCGGAGGGGGAGAUUGACAUUGAAAAGGAGCUGAUAAAGAUGACCUCUGAUGUGGAUGCUGCCAAACGACUAUUCGCCCAAAUCCUUCUAAAUGCGCCGAUCGCCGGUCUUCCGCCCAAAUUGCCACAGACGUUAGGAGGUCUUAUAAACAUUGCCUAUAAUAGCAGCUCAGGUUUAUCCAGUGACAGUAACCAUAACAACCAUAGCAACAACAGUCUUAGAAGUGACAACGGGAGUGAAUCAUUUUCAUCCCAUUCAACCGUUGAAGGUGAAUGGUUAGAAGUCCUCACUGACAAUGGCCAUUUGCAUAUUGAUAGAAUCCUACCCCUGCUUCCUCCAGCCCCUCCAGAAUUCCCACACUUCUACAAGCAGUGUGUUGAAUGUGCUAUAAAGGCAUUAAUGCAUUAUAAUAAGAAGCACAAGGGUUCUGAGUAUGAGCUUGUCGCUCCCCUGAUUAGUUCUGCCAUUCCUUCAAAUUUUGAAAAAUGCAUGUAUGUCUUUCAUUGUAAUUUCCUAGCAAAGGCCAAGACUUCUACCCCUUCUUCCAGCAAAUCCCUUGUGGAGCUCUUCUAUGCUGAGUUGCAAGCAGUCGGCAUUUUAGAAGCUGAUGAUGAAGUCAUAUAUUGUUGUAUUGUGAGCCCCAGCCCUUCCUUUGGCUCAAGUCCAGCCUCUCUUGAUAUGCAGAUGAUUCAUCCCCCAGACUUACAAUGCUCUUAUUGCGGUAUGGAUGGUGAAUCGGACUCGGAUUGAUGUUAUGCGAUUUGCCUCGACCCCCUUUUGUUUAGAAUCUAUUACUUAAUCUGCAUAAAGUUGACAAAUAAGUUUAACUAUGUUUAUACUCAAAAGAAGACUUGUUUGUUCCUUUCCUUAAUCAUGUAUUCAUAAUUUUUCUCUUUCUUUUAUCGGACAAACCAUAAGAGUACAAGUACCUGAUUAUAAAUGUGUGGUUAAAUGUGCACUCGAGCCACUGAUUUUGUU